UGACUGAGAGCGAAUCAAGGUCUCUGCAUGAGUUAAUGAUAUUUAACUUUGUCCUUUGCUUUUUCUUCACAUAGUUCCACACAAAAACAAGAAAACAACAAACUUAAAUACUUGUUGAAAAAAUGGAAUUCAUUCUCGAAUCCUAGAAAUUCCAUUUAGAAGGAGAAGAGUGAGAGGGAGAGAAGAGCUCGUCUCUGUAGCCAUUAAAUCAGAGAGAAGCAGUUUUAAUCCCAGUUAAGCUAUGGCGAUGUUCAGAACUCUAUCUUUUCUGUUCCUUUUAUGCUUUCAGAUACAUGGAACAGCAGGUGUGAAUUUCACUUUUUCGUUUGAUGGAUUCGUAAAAUCUCCGAGUUUUGACAAGAGUGUUGCUCUGUUUGGAGAUUCCAAGCUGGUCAAUGUCAGUUCUUCGAUUCAGCUGACUGACUCAGUGAGUCAGAGCGAGGGACGAGUCUUUUAUAGGAAACCCAUCCAUCUAUUCAAAGGUAAAGAGAGGAACUCGGUUAUUUUCUCGACUUACUUCUCUUUUUCGAUGCCCAAUGAGAUUGGUGAUGUCUUGGCUUUUGUAAUGGUUCCAAGUUCUUUGGAUCUUAGUCUGUUUGGUAAGAAAGAUUACAGUUCCUCUGCUUUAGGGUUUCUACUAGAGUAUGCAAAGAACGAGACAGUUGUUGCUUUUGAGUUUGAUAUCUCCAAGAGAGGAAACCGUGCAAGAAUCUUAAUUGGUAGACCUGAAUCUGCUAAAAUUAGAAACCUUUCGUUUGUUGGUGACUUGAUGAUGAACAAUGGAGGGACUUUGAACUGUAUGAUUGAGUAUGAGGCAAGUUCUAAGAGAAUGAUGGUUCGAUUCAGAAAACCUGGUUCGAUAAAGCUGUUGGAUCCGUUCUUCUCAUUCUCGGUAGACUUGGAGAAGACUUGGAAAGGUGGUGAAGUCAUGGUGGGUUUAAGCUCUGCUAAUGGGAACUCUUCCAAGCCACAUUUUCUCUAUUCAUGGAGCUUUGAAAUAAGGCAUCUUGAUCCGAUAUGGGUGCAACCAACGCCAUUUGGACCGAAUGAAGGUUUGAAGCCGGACGUUUCCACGGAAGUGGAAGAGGGCCGAGAGAGAAGUGAGUGUAUAUGGAGAAUGCUUGGUACUUUGGUCUUGGGUGCAGUAUGUGGAGCCUUAGGGGCAAUGUCAGCUAUGUAUCUUUGGACAAUAUGCGGUGUUAGGAGGUCAAUGGCCGUGGUUCCAGAGGAAUGUGCCGUGAGCAUUGUGGUCGUUGCUGUUAAAGAUGGCAAGAAGUAGUGACAAGUUUGUUUGGCUUUGGUUUUGUUUAAGAAGGUUGUCUUGUGUUGUGGUGUAAAUGUAGUACCUUCCUUCCACUUCCUCUGGUGUUAUCUUUAUUUAGUGUUUCUUCUAUCUGCCUCGUUAGUUGCAGGUUUCACAUGUAAAAUCUCUAUGAAAAGAAGCCGUAAUCUUAUUUGAUCUUUGCUAAAUUAACUUAGUUUA